UACGCGAGUGAAGCACUGACUUAGUCAGUGAGUGAAGCUCGCAUUUUGUAAACACAACAGUAGUGAAGAAAAUUUCUUGGCGGAAUAUUGGUUUCGAAAAUAAAGAAAUCGUUUACAUGUUUUUCUGAAUGAAAAACAUACAGUUUUGAAAUAAAUUUGCGUGAAUCAAUAUGUCUGACACGGAACAUUUUUGGUUUGAGCUUUCCAAAAAGGUCGGCCCGAUACCGAUUACCGUACAGGCCGCCCUCGAGCAAACCAAAUUCAUCCACUGCGGACUGAUCUACUUGGACAACACUACAAUCAACUACAUCGAAUCGGACAUUCGUCGCCUUCCUAGGUUGCUGAACAAAUCCGAAUCAGAAGUAGCCGCCAUAAUGGGAAAUUAUCGGGGAAGCAUCAAGGAUUUCAGUUUCCUAGUCGGUGAACGAAGCGUGCUCAAAAUGAUCGCCGCCACGAUCAAAGAGUAUGGAUUUCAGUAUUUCUUCCAGCCGGAAGCCGAAAUGGUACAAGAUAGCGCUACCAGAUCGGAUACUCCUGAGAACACCGAGGAAACCCCGACAACCUCGACGACUCCGGAGGAAUUCACGGAUUCGAAUGAUACGGUCGGACAAGUCCUGAAAAAAAUCUUCAGCUAUUACGAUUCCAGGCGUGAACACGACGAUAUGGAAGGACCAUUUUUCGAAAGACUGAAACUAGUGCGGGUUGAGGUCAGCAGCGAUCAGUUGGGUGAACUGGCCCGGAUAUUUUGUCCUUUCUGUGAUCCGGAGAGCGUGAUUGCGGUCACUAUUCGACGGGACAGGCCGGGAACGUGGAAGGUUUCCAACUUUUCAGGACACAUCAAAGCCAAGCACGACGACAUGUACUUUCCGGGGAAGGUUAACUUCCAAAGACGACGGAAGCGAUCACAUCGGGAAGCCAAUCGGAGUGAUUUGGCUGAGGAACUGAUGUACUGUAUGGAUGAUCCGGAUGUAAAAAUAGAAAUGUAGAAUGAUUUUAAUAUGGUGUGUUUGGUGUGUUUGAAUGUGUGGUUAUCAAUAGAUUACUUGUAAGAC